CAUCCGGUCCAAACGCGCAGUUUAUCAGUUGCUCAACCGCACCGCCAAGAAGUGUCCCUCGAAUCUCUUGCUGCAGCCUUCAUCCUCGAAAAGAAUACAAGCAACCUUUCUCUCCAUUCCUCUACAAAAAUCAGAAAGUAAAAAAAAAGAAAAGUUCUCUCUUUUCAUCGAUCGCCAAAAGCAACUUAAAACUCUGUCGGUCCUAGGAGAGGGAAUCGGGAAAUAUGGAGAAGAAAAGGAAGUCAAUAGCGACGAGCCUUGAUGAGGUGGAUCGAACUAUGUACGCGUCGUUUUGCAGCGCUGCUAACUCCUUGUCUCAGCUUUAUACUCAGGCUAUGAACCAGCAGAAGCUAUCUUUCCAAGCUGGAAAACGCCAUAGCCUUGAAAAACUUUAUCAGUGGAUUUGGAGACAACAAGAGGGAGGAUCAAGAGUAACAACAAUGGAUAUCCUCGGUUACCUUCAGAAUGAACUAGAUUAUUGUGGUGAGGAGCCCCCAAUGUCACCUAGAGCACCAAGCCUAGAGCAGCAUUCGCAGCCUACAAUGCAGUUCAUGAAUACCAGUUUCAUGGUCUCUUCAGGUUCAUCUGGCCAAACUGCUGGGCUGGGAACUCGCCCCGACCAUUGUGAUCAGCAGCCCAAGAAUUUAGUUUUCUCAAAUGCUUUAUCGAGUGCUGUUUGUCAGAGUCUUCAGCAUUAUCACAUUGCUCAGGAAGGCUACUGUCCUGAUGGUGGUCUGCCUUCAGGAAAUGGAGCCAGGAAUAAUGAAUCUAACUUUCUUCAACACCAGACUAGGGAUUCUAAUCCUCUCAGCUCCAAUGAUUCCUCAAUGGACAUGCAUGCAGAUAGCCCAUCUCAUGAAACUACUUGUUGAGCAUGUGAAGGUAGCUCCCUUUUGAAUGCCCAACUAUGAAAAGAUCCAGAAAGGCUUUUGUGAUUGCAUCACCCUUUUGUUUGUUGCUGUUACCGAAGUAAAGAAAAUACAACAUAAAGAUGGUUAUUUCAUACAAAAAUAAACACAUGGCACCGGGGAAUUGUUGAAAGCGUUUGAAGAAGAAUAGUCCCGUGUGUUGUGUUUGCAUAGCGCAGAAUGGUAUGAAUUUAUCAGUUUGUGUUUUGUCUCUAUUUGCUUGGUUGGAGGUCUUAAAUUUCAUAUGUGAAGCAUUUUGUUCAAUCAAUACAGCUACUUUAAAAAAUAUAAAACUAUUUUUAAAAUUUUUCUCCGUUCUUCUA